UCAGAAUUUGCAAAUAUUACAAACAGACAAUAUAACGUGAUCAAAAUGGAUUCCUCCAGAGGAUCAAGUCAUCGUCAUACCAAGAAAAACAGAAUAUUGGAUGCUAAUGAUGAGCAAGAGUUUACUCAGCUCAAGAGCAAGGAGCCAGCUUCACUGACCCAGCCAACACAGGAUGAAGGGGGAAGCACCAAACCACUCAUCCUCUUGCUCUUGAUAUUCCUGUCAGCCCUGGGUGUCCUCGGUCUAGUCUAUCUCAACUUUCCACAACUCGCUCAGGAUGAAAAGCAAUACAUAAAGCUGCCUCGAGAUAUAGAAGAUGCAAAGAACCUAGGGAAAGUUUUGUCCGGAUACACAGACACAUAUUACUACCAAGUGCUUUCAGGAUAUUUCAUCACAUACAUAUUCCUCCAGUCCUUUGCAAUACCAGGCUCAAUAUUCUUGAGUAUAUUGUCUGGGUUUUUGUUUCCGUUUCCACUGGCCUUAUUUAUGGUCUGCUUGUGUUCAGGCUUGGGUGCAACCUUCUGUUACCUGCUAUCUCUGCUGGUCGGGAGAAGGCUUGUCAUCAAAUAUAUACCAGAGAGGGUCGCAGACUGGCAGGCGCAUGUAAAUCAUCAUCGAGAACACCUGCUAAACUACAUAAUAUUCCUGCGUAUUACUCCAUUCCUGCCUAACUGGUUCAUCAAUAUAGCAUCACCUGUGAUCAACGUUCCACUACUUCCGUUCUUUCUAGGCACAUUCCUUGGAGUGGCUCCCCCUUCAUUUGUAGCCAUUCAAGGAGGCACAACCCUACAUCAACUCACGUCCUCAGGUGACGCCGUCUCGUACCGCUCAAUGGGAAUUCUCGCCGUCUUCGCAGUCAUCUCUCUACUUCCUGUCAUCUUUAAAAAGAAACUCAAAGCCAAGCUAGAGUGAACUAUGUGGAGAGAUUAAUGCUUUGUACAUGUACUAGACAGAAAUUACCAUAUUCAGCUACUGCUUGUUCUCCAAGUUUAUUUAAUAUUUAUAACCCUUAACGUGUUUAUUACGUGUUGUACAUGUAUGUUAUAUUUUUGGCUUUAUGGCAUUAAAUUGGAAAAAAAGCCUAUUUCUUUUGCAGAACAAUAUCUUUUUUUAUUUUUCUUUAAUAUAUCUGUGUGGCGCUAAGUCUGACCUCUAGUUUAUUAUUUUAUUUAUUUCUAUUUUCACUAAACACUUAUUUUAGUUGGGAAGUUGUUUUAUAACGGUCAAGCAAAAUUUCAUUUCAAACUUUAAAGCCUUUGACAUCUUUGCUGAUUACUGAAAAUUAUGUACUGAAAUGCAAUGUAAUGUCAAAUGUAAUUUGGUAAUAUAUUGUACAUUGUUUUAUUAUUUUUCUAACAAGGGCACCAUAACAAAGCAGUCCCUUUGUGAAGUUGUUACACUUCAAGUAUGUUUGCUUUACUGUUCUAAAUAGUCAACUGUUUUAAAUAGACAAGGACAUUUUAUCCCAUAUUUUGGAAAAUGAUGCUGUACAAAUCUCAGGCAUUGUCCAUAGAAUAUUGUAAGACUACCACAUCGAAAGAAUUUAAAGUGUGUUCGGCCAACAUUUGAGCAAUUGGUAUGAACUGAUCACAAAAGUGUUUUUAAUCAUACAGGUACUUUGGUGCUUAAAUGUAUGUUCUUACAUAAACUGUACAAACUGUAUAAUUUUACAUUUUCUCUGAAGAAAAAAUUGACCAUUGAGAGCUCUGUGCCCAAAUAUUUCAACUGUCUGUCCCUUUUACUAGACUCAAGCUCAGCAUAUUUGCUCUGUUUAAAUUGUGUAUUAUCUUCCCUAAAGAUACUUUUUAAGAGAGCUGUUUUUAUGUUUUUAAGUUAAUCACAUAACACAAUUUUUCGUCUUGUAAAACCAGUAAUUUUGCUAGUUGAAAUAUUAAAGGUACUCAAGUGUGUAUAGUUAAAGAACGUUUUAGAAAUUUCGGCCAAAACAGCUUAUCAUUCUUUUAAUUUCAUAUGCUGAUAAGCCCUUCUGGAAAUCAGUGACCUAAAUAUAGUGCCCUGUGAUGUUAUAUGCUAAAUAUAUGAUAAACGUGGUCUGGUUGUGUUGAGGUUUUGUAUUUCUGUACUUCUUUGUUGUUUAAAUUUUAUUUAUUGAGAUCUGGCCAAAAUAUCAUGAAAGCACUGAAGACAAACCCCAAUCUCAACUUAUUUUACCACAAAACAUCCACAGUUAUUAAAAUUGUAUGCUUUUACACUUCAGGUGCAUAUCCCCAUAGAAUAUGUUAAUAAAAAACUUUUGGUAAAAAGAUUAAAGCAAAAAAUGUAUUUGAGUAGUACUGAACUUGGCUUUUAACAAUAAUUAUCAGUCAAUUAUAGUAUUGCCUUAGAAAUAGUUUUCUUUGAAACAUUGACAAAAGGUGUUUUUUUUAAGAGCACAUUCUGUGAGAAUUAACGUUUUUUAAAAGAGUGAAAAAAUACAAGAUUUUGAAUCCUACUAUGGUUUUAUGUGGUAAAAUAUAAAAAAAUAUAUAAAUCCUUUCGUUGACAAUGACACAUGUUUUUAACACAAUGAUUUUAACUCUUAAUUUGUUACAUGCUUUCUGAUUAAAUGAAAAAAUGGAGUUAAACCAAUGAAAAUCCACCUUUCACCAUGACGCGGAUAUUACAUCAUUGUAUGUUUCUGUGAAUAGACGCUUGCAUGUAGGGGAAGUAACUGUUUUGUUUAUAAUUUCAUCGUCUUUUAUUCUUAAUUUCUUUUAAAGUUUUAGAACUCCAGAUUGGAAAUUUUUAUUCAGAAAUGGGAAAAAGGGUACUUUUUGCCAUUGAGAACAUGACAACCGGCUUUAAAUAUUGCCGAAAAAAAACCCUGACAAUUCAUAAUUGUAUUUUUUAUUCAUUUCUGAGGGGAAUUGAUUACCAAUUUUUGGGAAAAUGUGACUAUUUUUUGGGAAAAUUGGACGAUUUUCGGCGAGGGGAAACAGCCGUUAUUCGGCGGUAAAUUUCACGAAAAAAAAUUCACUGUUUAGGUAGUACCUGUUUUGAGGUAGUACCUGCUUUUAGGUAGUACCUGCUCUUAGGUAGUACCUGCUUUGAGGGAGUACCUGCUUUGAGGUAGUACCUCUCUGUAUCGCGGUUACAUUAAUUUCUUGCAUAGUUGUGGUAAACAUCGUAUAUUCAUCGAAUGGCUUGACACUAUAUUAGACAAACUCACAGGAGGCAGAAACAAAAUAUUUUUUUUAUAUGUUUAUAUAUAUAUAUAUAUUCUAUAUAUAUACAUAUAGGCUUAAAUAAUCAAAACUAAAUUGUUUCUGCCCCCGGUGGACAAACUAAGUAUUUGGGACAGUUUCUUUUAUCCUCUAGUAUAUUUUGAGCAUUUUCAAUGUUCAUCCAUUUGGAAUAUUCAUAGUCAUAUCCAAUUAUUUAUUUGUCAUUUUUUGUUUUAUUUCUUGUAUUUAUUAACCUGAAAUAAAAUAUUAAAAUAUCAG